CCCCAGUACGUAAAGUGCUUUUUUGCAUUAAUUGUUACACUUUGUCGUGUUUUCUUGCGCAAAGAAAAUCGCUGGAAAAGAAUUCUCCUCGAAUUGUCGGACGCGUUUCAGGCGGAUAAAGAAGGACAAAUUUAAGGAGAACUUAUAUUUUUACGGCGAUGAGAUGGAUGGAAGGGGUGUGAUUAUUUUGAAACAUAAUGGAUGUGAGUUCACUGGUGCCGGCUGGUUUUCAAGCGGGGCAAGUGGAUCUCUGCGAGGUCCAGGCUGGUUAUAAUAAAUUCUCCGAGAAUUUGAGGAAAUUCACACCUCAGGCGAUACAGUGCGCGAUUUUCUGCGGUGGUUCUAGGUGCAAAUAUGAAAAUCCAAGAGCCUGGCCGCCUGUGCACAUGGCAAUACAGAACAUCUUUUCGCAUUGGGUGACAGACGACGUCCUCGCGAUGGCACGACCAAACACCGCACAGAUAAUAAAAAAGGACAUAAUUGCCCAGUUUCAAGGGUGGAGUAUAAAAACUAUAAUAAACCUACAAACGCCGGGAGAGCAUGCGAGCUGCGGUGGCCCCCUCGAAGAAAGUGGUUUCACUUACGACCCUAACAUCUUCAUGAAACAUGACAUUUACUAUUACAAUUUUGCAUUGAAGGACUACGGGGAUGCGACAAUGAGCAAACUUUUGGAUAUGGUCAAGGUCGUGGCCUUUGCCGUGCAAGAAGGAAGAGUGGCGAUUCACUGUCACGCUGGUCUAGGUAGAACCGGAGUCCUGAUCGCGUGCUACCUCAUUUAUAGUCUUCGAGUAAGAGCAAACGAUGCCAUUAGGUUCGUUCGUAUGAAACGACCCUGCGCGAUACAAACCCGAGGGCAGAUACUCUGUAUCCAAGAAUUCGAGCACUUUGUGCUUCCUCAGAUGAUAGUUUUCCCUUUGAGUAGCGCCAUAGGUGAUCGCAAACCUUGCAGCUUGCAAUCUCACCUGAGAAAGCAACAGAAUGUUCUACACGGAUACGAGCAGCGUACCUUUAAACACAUCCCGAAGAUCGUGUUCACGAUCUGCGAGCGGAUUCUCCAGUUGUGCGAUUGCCAGGAGGACAAUUCUCCCUGUGAGAUUAAAUACACGAUUUCUAAUAUUUCUUUCACUCAGAAGUUCAUAUCUCACGUUUUGGAGAAAUUCAGAGACGGCAAAGGAAAUAUUAAGCAUUCUUAUUCUUGGGCUGAAUCACUUGCUGAUUCUUACGACGGUUCCAGUUCUGCUAAAGCGUGUGCAAGUAGUAGUCAAGCAUCUUCGAGGGACACUUCGGACGAUAUUGGAAGAUUAAGCGACGUAUUCUGUACAUCUCCUGAUACUCCAUCUUGUGAUUCUACUUUUCCAGGUCUAGAUGACAACUAUGUGGACGACGUUCUUGGCGAUGGAAUUCAUGGUCAGGACCUCGCAGAUAAUGAUUGUUACAAAGAAAUUCAGUCUCAUAUAGAUCUCAAAGUUGCUGCACAAAAUGCAGCCGUCGAAACUGUGAGCACCGAUGUGGCGAUCAGGGCGUUGAUCAGAGAUAACGCGACAUUACAUGACAAAACGAAGAAACGUUUACAGGAUUAUCAGAUGGAUCUGAAUCAUCGUUCCACAGCUUGGCAGAGAUUACAAAUGGAAACUGACUUGGACAUCCUGUCAGGAUUACUUUUCGAGUGGUUGGAGACAGUGAAGCACCCUCUGCUCGACGUUGAUAGUCUCAGCUACAUUGUUGCGUGGGGUUCCAAGCCUCAACGAUGUCUUGAAAAGCUUGCCACUUAUAAUAGAUACUUGUUGGAGUAUCUCCUACGAUUCGUCAGUAGAUUGAGACCAAUGACUGCUGAAAGUCAAAGUCUGAUAACGAAGAGGUUCAUGGCUGCCCUUACGCAGCAGAGUAUCUGGAUCAGGAGCUCCUUUUACCCCGCUAGUAAAAAUUUUCAGAAACUGCGACGAGGAACAGCGGCGAAGCUGAAUGAAUUUUUUAUCAGACUAAUGAACUUGAUAGAAGAAGUGAACACACAGGAAAUGGAGAAGCCCUCGUGGUCUUCGAAAUGGGAAUUGGUGUCUAAUCAAUUGCGACAAGUAGAGAAGCAAGAAAUUCAGGAAGUUGUUUGAAGAUAAAUCAAGAGAACGAAUUGUGAAAUCGUAGAAUCAUAAGUUUUAAUUAACUCUAGUCGUAACUAGCAAUACAUGGAUGAUAUUUAUUUUUACAACGUUCGAAAUUGUAAGCUCUGAAAGAUUGAGCAUGUAAAUCGCUCGAAUAAAGAAGAAUAUUUUAGUAGUAAUAAGUAAGGUGUUUCUUUCUUUCAUUUUUAAGAUCCUUUC